UCGCAGCGAAAGGUUGGAUCCGGGAGUUUGUCGUCGUCGGUCUCUGUGUUUCGUUCGUUUCGUUCCGUUUGUUCCCGUUGCGCGCAAACAAAAUCCAGCCAAAUUCAAAAUGUUUUAACGGAAAACACCAAAUUCGAAGAACUCUUACGUUAAAUUAAUGCCAAAUAAAAUACGCAAGUAGCUUGUGGAUUUUCGCUAGCAGUUCGCGAGUUCGUUUAGUUCGAUUGAAAGAGUUUCAAUCAACACCAAGAAAGCCAUUACCAUGGGUCUAUCGGAUAUACCAGUCAACUACAUGCAAGGCAGCCAUCCUCGCCUGAACCUCCAUUCGCAGCAGCAGCAGCAUCACCAAAACCAGCAGCACUUGCAGCACCUGCAACAGAUGCAGCAGCUCCACAACGCCAUGCCCACUCCCGCCCAGCAGGCCGCCCAGGUCCUGGCCCUGGAGAGCAAUGAGCUUCUCAUGAGCACCAAGGACAAGCUCUCCAGCAAGAAGAAGAUGCACUUGCUCAAGAAGAUCAAGAAGCGUUUCGGAUUGGUUCGCCGCUCGCCCUCCUCGUGUCCUGGUCCCAAUAAUCUGCCUCCGCUGCAAUUCCACACCGUGCACGGCGACAACAUCCGGAUUUCGCGGGACGGAACUUUGGCACGCCGUUUCGAGAGCUUCUGCCGGGCCAUCACCUUCUCCGCCCGUCCGGUGCGCAUCAACGAGAGGAUUUGCGUGAAGUUUGCGGAAAUCUCGAACAACUGGAAUGGCGGCAUUCGGUUCGGGUUCACCAGCAACGAUCCUGUCACGCUGGAGGGAACGCUGCCCAAGUACGCCUGUCCGGAUCUGACGAACAGGCCCGGUUUCUGGGCCAAGGCCCUGCACGAGCAGUAUUGCGAGAAGGACAACAUCCUGUACUACUUUGUGAACGGAGCUGGCGAUGUGAUCUAUGGGAUAAACAACGAGGAGAAGGGUGUGAUUCUAUCAGGCAUUGAUACGAGAAGCCUGCUGUGGACUGUGAUCGAUAUCUAUGGCAAUUGCACGGGCAUUGAGUUCCUGGACUCGCGCAUUUACAUGUACCAGCAGCAGCCAACGGCGGCGGCAGCGAUGCCCGCCGGAGCUGUGGUCGCCCAGCAGCAACAGCACGUGGAAACAGCAUCCUUGAAUCCCCAUCACCCGCAUCAGCAGUCGAGGAGAUCCCUGCCUGGACACCCUGGGGCACACAUCGAGCACGAUCUGGAGCGGCAUGUGAUGCCAUCGCUGCAGUCGCUGCACUUGGCUGGCAAUGGAGGCGGAAGCGUGGCCAGUGUGGAUCAGGCGGCCAUAGCCCACGACCUGGCGAACGGACUGCCGCCGCUGCGGUACAAUGCCAAUGGACGACUCAUACCCGUGCCCUUCCACAACACCAAGGGCCGGAAUGUGCGCCUCUCGCAGGACCGCUUUGUGGCCUCUCGCACGGAGUCCGACUUCUGUCAGGGCUAUGUCUUCACUGCCCGUCCCAUUCGCAUUGGCGAGAAGCUGAUUGUGCAGGUCCUGAAAACGGAGCAGAUGUACGUGGGCGCCCUGGCCUUGGGUCUCACCUCCUGCAACCCGGCCAUGCUGCAGCCCUCCGACCUGCCCAAUGACUCGGACUUUCUGCUGGAUCGCCCCGAGUACUGGGUGGUCAGCAAGGAUAUAGCAGCUGCCCCUCAGCGUGGCGAUGAGAUUGCCUUCUUUGUGGCGCCCAACGGCGAGGUGAGCAUCAGCAAGAACAACGGGCCCGCUGUGGUGGUGAUGCAUGUGGACCAGUCCCUCCAGCUGUGGGCCUUCCUCGACGUCUACGGCUCCACGCAGUCGCUGAGGAUGUUCCGCCAGCAGCUGCCCAACAUGGUGGCCUACCCAUCGCAGCCGCAAGUGAAUGCCACCAGCUCAUCCGGCUGCAAUGCUGCCUCCACUUCCCGGAUGCUGCCCAUGACCGAGUCGAUGAGCAGUCUGAAUGCCGGAGCCACUGCCAAGCUGCUGCAGCACCAUCCCUCCCAGAGCACAUUGGCCUCCGCGGGAGGAAGCAGCCGUAUGAUCAGCAUGCCCUCCAACGGAGAUAUCCUACAGAUUCAGCCGAAUGGUGGCGGCACCGUACUGGUGGUGAACCUGCCGCCGGCGAGCAGCUCGCACGAUAUCAAUGGACAACUGGCGGCCAGGCCCUCGGCCACGGUGACCUCCAGUGGCAUUCUGGCCGGAGCCUGCUCCAGCAGCACCCUAAUCAGCACCACCAGCAGCCAGUACAUUGAGCCCGUUGCCAAAAGCACAAAUAACGCGGCCAACAAGUGGAAGGAUAGUUUGAGCGACCAGCAGAGCACCGAUUCGAGUGCCGAGUGCACCAUCUGCUAUGAGAACCCCAUCGAUUCGGUGCUGUACAUGUGCGGCCACAUGUGCAUGUGCUACGAUUGCGCCAUCGAGCAGUGGCGCGGAGCGGGCGGUGGCCAGUGCCCGCUGUGCCGCGCGGUCAUCCGGGAUGUCAUCCGCACGUACACCACGUAAAAGUCGUUUCCUAGCCACCACAAGCAACCUUUACUCGCAAUCAAACCUACUAAAGCUACACACACCACACACAAGUUAUUGCAUUUUGAAAGCAACCAAUCAAGCGCAAAGAAUAUAAUAAUGUUGGAGAGAUAGGCUAGGCAUCAAUUUCGCAGACUAAAAUGAGUUAGUUUAGGAUACAAAACUGUCACAUAAUUUAUGCCCUACCAUCUAAAGUGUAUGUUUAAUUUUUUGUGAUGUUAUAAGUAAGUGCGUCCAAGUGCGCAAAACACUAUGUAUUGUUCACACCAAUCGAGAUUUCUUUGUUUUUCAAUUUUUUGCAAACCUGCGAACCGCGCAUUCAUGCGUGUGGUAUACUAUAAAACCAAAGUAUUGUAUAGGAGUUAAAUGUAUUUUGAAUUUAAAUUGAUUGAAAGUUGUUGCAAAAUUUACUUAGUUUUUUCUCUAUGUCUAUAUCCAAACAAUGUGCAAAAUUAUCAAACACGAAAUUAUGAUUUUUUAUUUGGCGAAUAAUCAUUUUGGUGCUAAAUGUUUUGAAAGACAAAUUUAAAUUGUUAAUGGAUUUGAAAAUUUAUGUUUAAGCUUGCAGAUGAAAAAGGAGCAAGCAUGCAAUUAAAAGAAGCAAUUAUUGACUACUUUCCAGAAAGGAAACGCUUGAGAUUUUCUAAGAUGUUUUGGAACAGCAAACUCGACGACACAACUCAAAUAUGUCUGCAGCACAAAAUGUUGAACAAAGAUUGAUCAGAAAUCAGAAAAAAAAUAAUACUUAUGCACGAAAACCAAAACAGAAAACUGCAAGAGCGUGUUAAAAUCUAAUGUUAGUCUAGCCCUAAGUACUUAAGUUAAUUUCUAGUCAACGAAUUAUGCUGAAGUUUAAUCUAGACCGGGACUUCAUCCAACAAAGACACCACACAAGACGUAUUAAGCACGCUAAGCAAUUUUAAUGAAACUGCAUUUUAAAGUACACUUAAGUAGUGCACGUAUUUUAAAACAGAUUAAAAUAUAUAUUUAACUUUAACAUAGAACAAAAGACUUGUAUGUUGUACCAACAGCUUGAAUGAAAUAUGGAAAAUGGAAUGCCCAUCUAAAUCAACCAUGCAGUUAGAAAAUUGCCAAUAAUUAAUUACAAAUACCAAGCAGAUCAAACUUGAAGGACAAGAACAGCGGAUAACUUUACCUAAGAUUGUAUUAAAACUGAAAUGAAAAUGUAACAAGCAAAGAACACAAAGAAAUAUGCGAAAUGAAGCGCAAGCUUACUAUUUUUGUUAUAAGAAUGAAUCCGGAUAGGAGUAAAUAAAGACAUGUUAUUGCCACUAUUAAUAAUUAACUUUUAAUUUUUUAAUGAAAAAUAGUUCGUAAUGUUACGAUACUGCGCCUAGUUAUGACUAAACAUAUAAAUGUAUUUAUGAAAUUAUAUUUGAUAUAUGUAAGAAAACGCAAUGCUGUAAUACCAUUAAAUACUGACAAAAAUAUCAGAA